AUGUCUCUUACGCGCGACACGUUCAUCUACCGAGGCGCCCUCGUCAUCGGGCUUCUUCCCUCCUUCUUCGGCUUGAACGCACUCCUCAGGCCAGAAGCCUCCUUGAAAUCCGUGGAGUUCCCAGUCCCCGAAGACCCCGAGUCACGGAAACUCGUCUUCGGUCUCAUGCGCAUCUAUGGCAUCCGUAACGUCGUUGUCAGCUUCGCCCUUACGCUGAUCUGGUUGACUGGGAAUAAGAGACUGGUCGGACUGGGCUUGGUCGGUGCGCUGUCCAUGGCGAUUACUGAUGGGCUGGUCAGCAAAUCGGUGACGGGGGGUGGCGAGUGGAAUCAUUGGAGUUUUGUGCCAGUCAUUGGAGGACUGUGUCCUAAACAACAAAACUCGGCAAUCUCUAUAUAUGGCUUCCCAAGUAACAACAAAAUCCCGCAAUGCCCCAAGAAUGUCCUGCUAUACCUCUACAAGCUCCCCAUGAGGCUCAUCGACGACAAGGCAAAGGUUGAGCAGGCGCUCGAAAAGAUCUACGGUGACAUCCGUUUCACCUCCGAGGAGAAUAAUGGUAGCUAUGCAGUCAAGUCGGCACAUCCUGGCCAACUGGACCUAAUGUCACAGCUACAAGAGAUGGGUGUUACAAGGAAGGAAUAG